AAGGAAACGUCAAAGUUACGUCAUUUUAAUAAAAAAGUUUAAUGUAAAAAUGGCUCAAGCAGUUCGACCUGCCGUUAGGCAAGUAAAACCUAUUCUUUCCUUGGACAAAGAAGAAGCUAGGAAAAGAGUACUUAGUUUGUAUAAAGCUUGGUACAGACAACUUCCAUAUAUUGUUAGAAGUUAUGAUGUUCCCAAAAAUGUAGAGCAAUGCAGAGAUAAAUUGAGAGAGCAGUUCACAAAAUAUGGGCAAGUCAAGGACGUUAGAGUUGUUGAUAUGCUAGUCAUUAAGGGUCAAAUGGAACUGAAAGAAGUGGUAAAUGUAUGGAAACAAAAGGGGCACAUUAUGUCUUAUUUCAAAGACACAGUGGAACCAAAACCCAAAGAUUUUCUGUCAAAGUUUUUGAAUGGGAAAGAAUAAGCAAAAUAAUGUGUAGCAAUUGUUUUUAGAAUGUGUAAAUAAAACAUAAAAUAAUUUUGAAAA